CUCUUUCCUUUCCUCACAAGCUAAAAAGAAUCUCUACUAGCCGCAUUGCCUCCUGGCUUUCUUAUAUGGAGGCUUCCGGGGGCAAUCCCAUUUGUUAUUCUAUUUCUUUUGGUCUUUGGAAAGAUUUGAGAGCUUGGGGGAAAGAGAUGAGUAUGGCGAUAACGGAGAAGCGAUCGCAGCAGCAGCAGCAGCAGCGGGUGGGAGGAUGCGUCGGCAUCUUCUUUCAGCUCCUCGACUGGAAUCGAAGGCUCUGCAAGGGGAAGCUCUUCCGCAAGAGACUGCUCCCUCCAGGAUGAAUAACAUCACGCGAUCUUUAAUGCAUUCUCUCUGAUUCUCUCUGCUGUAUUUUUUGAUAUCCAUCCAUUUUUUGAUGUGUUUCCUCCUGUGCAUUAUAGUUCGUGCCGCGAAGAGGGCGUCGAAGAAGUUCGGUGGCGGCGGCGGAAUGCCCAUGGCCAAGCUGCUUCUGAUCGCGGAUGAGAACCGUGGGGGUUUUCCGAAAACAAAGAAAUCCAAUGGUGAUGAUCUUGGUGAUGGAAUGCGUGCCCCCUGGCGUGGUGGCCAAGCUGAUGGGCCUUGAAUCCAUGCCUGUCGCCACCCAUGAGAAGCCAAGGAAGGCUUUAAGUUCUGGAUUGGAGAAUAGAAGGGACAAUGCUGGUUCUGAAUUCCCGAGGCCGCAGAAGCUGCAGAAGACUGGACUGGAGGAUUCUUAGAGAGGCGGCCGACUAGUGCCGCCCGGGCUGGACCCGACGUGUUCGGCAAGCGCGGGCUGUCGCCCCGGUCGAGGAAGCAGCAGCACGAGCGGGCAUCGCCCGUGAAGAGUCCCAGAUUGCUCUCAAGAAGGCCCAGUGCUCGGCUGGUGCAGGCGGCGACGACGAUUUUGGAGCCUGGUUUGCAGUCUAGGAGCUGGGCUAAAUUUGCUAUUACCUAUAUGGGCACUUCGCAGGAUGAUACAGAAGAAGGAUCUGCUGCUUCUUUAAGCCUGAAGAGAUCGAAUGAUUCCCUUGUUGGGUCUGUAGUUCGGUGGAAGUGUCGGAAUUAAGGUUAGGUGCGAAAGAGCAUCUGGAAAAUGAGUAUGGGUCUUCUACAUUGGAGUUCAGUAAUACUUCUUCCUCUCAUGACAGUUCUUUAUACCAAAUGAUCAGGAUCCAUGCAAGCCUCAGCAGGAUGGGUUGCUGAGACCUACGCCUAAGAAGAACAACUCGAGACAAAAUCAACCGACACCAGUUAGAGAUGAAGUAGGCCCAGGGUUUAAGGGGUGUCGUAGAGGACAGAGCAGAAGAGACCCAAAUGAGUUGAAUUUUGUAGCUUUGAACAGAAUUGUGAACAAUUACUCACGAAUGAGAUCAGCCAGUAAUCUGCCAAACAACCAUCAAGUGGAAAUGCAUAGGAAUGGCUGGGAAAGAAACAUGACAUGCAAAAGAACGGCCAAUACUUCUCAUAUUGAGAAUAUGGGUGCAGUCAGUUCAACCUUUGAGAAGCCAAGAAGUGUUGGAAGUGAUAUGAUUAAUCGGAAAGUGACAGUGCCUGGCAACAAUAGGACCAUCAAUUGGAACUGUGUGAAAAGUGAGUUACAGAAUGACAGUGAUCAUAGAUUUGGUGGUAGGAAUAAUGAUGUAGUUUCUUUCAUGUUCAAUUCAACAAUGAAUUGCUCUCAUGGAGAAGUGGUUGAAAAGAGCAGGGGCCAGGGUGAGCUCAGUCAUGACAAGAACUCGGAAUUGGAUCCAAAGGGCAGAAACUCAAUGCUGCAAAGGAGGAUAGCUUUGAGAGGACAUGAGCUAACUAAUCUUUUUGAACAAAAAAAUAAGGGAACUGGCCUCUUUGGUUCUGGAUGAAUUAGGAAAAAAAGGUGCUUGUUCCACUGCUUCCAUUCUUGAAGAGCUGAUAUCUGCUCUCACUAGAGGAGCUCCAAUAUCUAAGGAAAAUGAUGGCAACUGUUUUGGUGGAUUCCCCAAAACAGUCUACACAGAUGACACGGAUUCUUGUUGCAUGGAUCUCCCUGACUUUCCCAUUUCACAAUCUCUGCUGCAUAUUAAUAAAAAAGAUUUUCAGGAAGAUGCAAAAAUAGGCAUUGCUGCAUAUACGGCCAGUGACAAAGAUCAGCCUAGCCCAAUAUCUAUUCUUAAAGCUUCUUUUUCAAAUGACAGUUGCUCUUUUGGGAGUCAAAAUGACAGCUUAGGAGUCAGACAGCAUUUUGAGUUGACAGAGAGUUGCAACACAACUAUGUCACUAGAUCCAGACAUUGAUCUUUUAGAUUCAGCAACUUCUGUUGAUAUCUCAAGGUCCGAUAUUGAAAAGACUCCCAAUUCCACGGAUAGAAGUUCUACCAAGAUCAGUGCAGUUAAACUCCUAGAAAGUAAACUCAGCAAUGCCAGCGAAACUAUUUUGAAUGCUGAGCUCUUGUUUGAAAAUUUUUGCCUGUAUAAUUCAGAUGGGCUGGCAGAGUCUUCUGUAAAAUCUUUUCUUCUUGACUUGUUGGAAACUAUAAUGCAUGCCUUCGUUAUGGAGCCAAAAAGCAGAUCGGUCUCCAAGGAGGCAGAGGAGAGAAAUCAGCUCAAAGAGUUUAUUUUUGACUGCAUAAUUGAGUGCUUGGAUUUGAAGUGUAGUCGAUCUUGUAAAUCUGGUUAUAAGAUGCGGUCAAAUUUUCAUUUGUUUUUGAGCAGAGAUAGGUUGAGAAGAGAGAUCCAAGAGGAGAUAAAAUGGUGGAUGGGUUUAACUGGGAAGUUCUUAGAUGAUUUGAUUGAGAAAGGAAUGAACCAUUCAACAGGAAAGUGGAUGGAAUUUCAGAUUGAAGCAUUUGGGACGGAUGGAAGUGGAGAGGGACAUACUCCAAGCCUUAGUUGAUGAAAUGGUGAUAGAUCUCUGCUGAUGCUGACAGACUGCUGGUGGCUAAUGUUAUCACUUCUUAAGAUAACUAACAAGAUGAAUCACAAGAAGGUUGAUUGAUUUAUCAGUUUUGUGUCAGAGUGCAGAUCUAACCUCUUUAUUGUAACUAUGCAACAACAAAGAAGUGAUAUUUUGGAGAUUCUGCAAGAAAGAUUAUUGUGCUUGCGAGGGGCUCUGUGGAAGGGUUGUUUGUAGAGCUGCUGGUUUUCCAAAAUGGUGUUUUAAGAGGGGUCAUUUCAUGUUCUGCAUCCAUCCUGUCAGAGAAUGAUGUUCUUAUAUAAUCUUUUUUCUCCUUU